UCACGAAGUGUUUCGCCCUACACUUUUUUCCGUGUUGCUGAAUUAUUUCAUUGGUAGUCAUCAGUUGAAUGCUUGUAUUCUCAGUAUACUUGCUGUGAAAUUGUAUCAUUGUGUAACAGUUUUUUACGGUUUUAUUUGACAUUUGCUGUUGUCAUGUUAAUGCCAAUGAUAUACUUCUAAAGCCUGGAGAAAUUUCAAAGAAAUCAAAGGGACGUGGAAGCUAGAUAUUUAUCAAUGGCGUAAAGGGCUAUGACUUGAUUACUUGACUUCGUUACUUGUGUGUGUGUGUGUGAGAGAGAGUGUGUUUCAUUUACCUGAGAUAUAAUUUAUGCUUUAUUCAGCCACUUUUUGAAAGUGAAAAACCACAACCAACAAAAAGCAACAGCGAAAUAACUGGAAGAUCACAGGAGGAAGGAACGGAAUUACGAAAACCUUUGAAUAGUGUUAACUUUGCAGUACAUGGUGGAAACUAAUCCAUAUCAGAGACCCUCUGUACACUGGUCUCUCACAGGUGCAUAUGUACAUGUAUAUAUAUAUGAAUUCAAAUCGACAAUUUUACUUUACAAACGGAUUGAUACUUCGGGAGAUAGAUAUAUUUGAAAGACCACGAUGUAAAUCCAAUGUGGAAACAAAAGACCAUAUCUGAUCAAGAUUUAAAUGGAGAUCAUCUAGUCCUACCAAGACUGACAAAGUGGAAUUAUUCGCAGCAUUAGUUUUUGACUCAAAGCAUAAAAUAACAUCUAGUUCGAAGAAAAAGGACAAGUACAAAAUGUAUUUUUGUAUAUAAUUCAGUUUGAUGGUAUGUGAAAAUUUGAUCAAACAUUUCCGCACAUUUCCGUUUCGAAGUUGUCUUUCAUUAUAAACUACUGACAUUAUUUAUUUCGUUAAAUUAUCUGAUUUUCAUGUUUUAUUUAAAUUGUGUGUAUUUUUAAAUAUAUGCAAACAUCAUAUCUUCUGUCUCAUGCUUUUUGUAAAAUACAAGGUCUAGUUUUGCUUGACCAGAUGUCUGCAUACCUAGGGUACCAUACAUGUGUCUUUCGUUCACACGAAGAAACGUUACAGUUGCCGUAAAUUACACGCCGUAUACUUAUUGCUGAAAAAAAAAAAAGAAAAAAAAGACUUUCCUUCCAUUCUUGAAACAUUUGUUUCGUGCAUUCAUUUUCUUCAACAGCUUAAAGUUAAAAUAUACCACUUAACUAAAUACAGUCUGUGUGUAAAGGAUCGGAUUCGUUUCUUGAAAAGGGUUUGAGUGUCAAAUCAUCUCUGCAAGAUCACAAGACGAACUUUGGAAAUUCUAUUACCUAAAAAAUCUGACACAAUAUUCAUCUGAUCAAGGAUCUGUGUAGAUUUUAUUAUCUGUUAAAGAUACAUAUAUAUAUAUAUAUAUAUAUAUCGAAGGAGUGGCCUAAAAGCUCUGCGUUCUGAAUGAGAAGGUGAACAUUAUGACUGCAUCGUUAUAAGGAGGGAGAUCUGAAUGUCAGACUCCAGAAUCAGAGAUCGUUGAAAGAUCACUAGAUUUUAAGUACUGUGCAUCGUUUUAGCGAAUUUUGCCCACCGGAGUAUAUAUAUUGCUAUAUAUAUAUAUAUAUUGCUAUAUAUAUAUAUAUAUCUAAUUUUUCUUUCUACCUUUCCAUCUAUGUAACAAUUUUAAAAAAUUGUCCUAAAGGAUUUUGAAAUCCUCUCAAUUUGAGGUUGAAUCAGUGAUCCAAGGGGGAAACAAGUACCUGUGGAUGCAUUCAUUAUGAGUGGGCGCCCCAGGACGACAUCGUUCGCGGAAGGAGGCAAAGCCGGCGGUGGCCAGGAUUCCCCUUUCUACCGAUCCAUGCGGACCAUAAAUAAAGAUGGAAGUAAAGUAACUACAGUUUUAGCCACCCCUGGUCAGGGUCCAGACCGACCACAAGAAAUUGGCUAUGCUGAUACAAAAGUUAUUGGCAAUGGCUCAUUUGGAGUAGUUUACCAGGCCAAACUUACUGAUACGGGUGAACUGGUUGCAAUCAAGAAAGUCUUACAAGAUAAACGGUUCAAAAAUCGAGAAUUACAGAUCAUGAGAAAAUUGGAACAUCAGAACAUAGUAAAACUGAAAUAUUUUUUCUAUUCCUCAGGUGAAAAGAAAGAUGAAGUAUUCCUGAAUUUAGUCCUGGAAUAUGUUCCUGAGACUGUGUAUAGAGUAGCUAGACAUUACUGCAAGUCUAAACAGACAAUACCAAUCUUGUAUAUUAAGCUCUACAUGUAUCAGUUAUUCCGAAGUCUAGCAUAUAUUCAUUCCCAAGGCGUUUGUCACAGGGAUAUAAAACCACAGAAUCUGUUACUUGACCCAGAAACUGGCAUUCUGAAACUAUGUGAUUUUGGAAGUGCAAAAGUAUUAGUGAGAGGAGAACCAAAUGUGUCCUACAUCUGUUCGAGAUAUUACCGAGCCCCAGAAUUGAUAUUUGGUGCUACAGAUUACACAUGUCAAAUAGAUGUUUGGUCUGCUGGCUGUGUACUAGCUGAGUUGCUUUUAGGCCAGCCAAUCUUCCCUGGAGACAGUGGUGUUGAUCAGCUAGUGGAAAUUAUAAAAGUUUUGGGGACACCUACACGAGAACAGAUCAAAGAGAUGAAUCCUAACUAUACAGAAUUUAAAUUUCCGCAAAUCAAGCCACAUCCCUGGCUAAAGGUGUUUCGUCCGCGCACCCCUUCAGAAGCCAUUCAGUUAGUGAGCAAGUUGUUGGAAUAUACACCUUCUUCUCGAAUCUCUCCACUCGAUGCCUGUGCUCAUCCAUUCUUUGAUGAAUUGAGGGAUAUAAGUACUCGCUUACCUAAUGGGCGAGAUUUACCUCCUCUUUUUAAUUUUACAUCCCAAGAGUUGACAGUUUUUCAACCACACCUUAGUAAUAUGUUGAUCCCGCCACAUGCUCGACAAGCCAAUUCUGAUGAAGCUUCAACUUCUACUGGUGGGCCUGUGAACUCAGAAAGUGCUUCAGCGCCCAAUGCAGCUAAUGAUGCAGCAACUCCUCAAGGGGCCACAGGAGCUGCUGGUGGAAGUGCUUGACACAACAAGAUUUUCAAAGGAUCAUUUCCAGCAUUCAGAUCUUUGAGAACACCAUUGUUAAUUCCACUGACUCGUCUUCUACUGUCUGUAAACAAAAAUUACAAAACUGACUCUAAAGAAGUAAAACAAUGAUCCAUUUUGUGUUCUGCUGUGCGCAACUGUUUAUAAACUGCCAGUACAGACAGCCAGAAAGGCAAACACAUACAUGCACACCAAUACACACAAAAACACAUUAUUCCUACUAUUAAUUGUUCUAAAUGGUUUACAAUGACAGAAGUGAACAUUUUACAGUUUAGUACCAUUUUGAGUUGAUUUUACUGCCCAAACAGUAGGAUGUGUGGUUGGCUUUCAAAAUGGUUAUGGAAGUCAAAAAAAGGACCUUCUGUAUCAGGCAUAAAAAAAAAAAGAAAAAAAUCUGUGUUCCUGGGCUAUGAAGUUCCCCCUCAUUGUUUUAAUUUUGUUUCUUCCCUUUUUGUUUUUGUUUUCUUUCUUUCUUGAGAUUCCAGUUGAGGGAGGCUGUUUGUAUUGUUAAUAGUCGUCUCUGUCCUCCACUGGUGUUGUGUUCUCUUACUGCUACUGACUGAUGGUCACCAUUUGCAUUGUAGCUGUUGCUGUUAGCAGCUUGUAAGUAAUACUUAAACUAACACACCCACCCAUACUGCAACAACAGCAACAAGACACCAUUUAAAAAGACAAAUAUAAGAAAAUAUCUUCAGUCCCUCCCUUUUGCUUUCCUCUGAUUCUUUCUCUCCUCUUCCUUCUCUUUCUUUCUCUCAAUCUCUCUUAUUCCUUCCAUAUUGUCAUUCCUCUUCAACUGCUAUAACAAGUUCUAUUUUAAUCUAUUUUAUUCCCUAUCUCUUAUUUAUUUCAAUGCAUGAACAAAGAUUAUAUACAAAAGACAGAAGAAUGUUAAUGCUGAUCUCUCCAAGAAAUAGCUUUUAAGGGCUAUAUACACACAUGUACAUAUCUAGACAUGUACAUACUCAUAAAUAUGUGAAUGUGUGUAAAUGUCUUUAAAUAUAUGACUUUUCAAAACAAUAAUUAAAAAUGUUAUAAAAGAUCUUUAUUUAUAAGAAUCUACAUUUUUUCUCUUUUCAAAUAAACUUAGCAAGGGCAGGGAGUUAGUUUUCUAAUUUAUUUUUCUUUGGGGCUUUUGAUUAUGUCCCUUUGAUAUUGUUUGGAUUACACUACAGUGCAAGCAGAUAUUGUUAUAUAUCACAGUCAGUUGCUCCUGUUUUAGAACAAUGCAGAAACUGCUGCAUACUGCCAGUUAUUUUCAGUUACUAUACAAAAGAAAAUUAGCUUUUAUUGCUCCCUGUCAACUUUAUUUAGAACUACUUUUUUUUAAUACUCAAGCUUACCUAGUCAAAUAGUAAAACAAAAAAUGAAAUGAUAGGUAUCUACUCCCAGCAACACCAGAUUUCUUGUCUAAUGUACCAUGAAAAAUAAAAAAGAAAAAACAAACAAAAAGUCUGAAGUUAAAUUUUUAUUUAAAGAGAAAAAGCAGGUAACUUAAUUUUUGUAUUGUGGAAAGUGGCAGUUGAUUUGUUUUGAAAAUUUUCCAGAUGUAAUAGUUUUAUUUAUAAAUUGAUAAUACAAAGCUCUUAAGAAAUGUGGAGACAACAGAUUAUUUACCAGUCAUUUGUUUAGCAGAUGUUACCAUAAAAGACUGGGAAAAUCUGUUGAUUAUUCUGUGAGUCUGCUUUAUUAACCCUGUUCAGUGCUGCCCUCACUCCCAUGAUGAUCACUUCCGCUAUUCCUACCACUUUUUGAUUAAUUGAAAUAACUCUGUUCCUAAUAUUUGAGGACAUUCCCUACUGCUUAUCUACAUCCUUCUAUGCAUUUAGAGUUGGGAUGUAACAGCUUUUCUUCUUGUAAAUAGACUUGAAAAAUAUUUCCCCUCCCCAUUCAAACCCUGACUAUGUAUGUAGAUUUAUAUUUCUCUCCUAGCAGUCCAGUGAUAUUUGCUUUGGCAGCUUUUCUGCAGCUCACUGAUUUUCAGCCAUUCCCAUUAUGGCAAACAUCUGUUUUUGGUCAAUUACUAUUUUGUGACCCUUUCCGCCUCAGUGCAAUUAUAUCUUGACAUUUAUGUAGUCAGACUGGAUCUUCACCUGCUAUUGUAGAUUGGGUUUGCAUCACACCUACAAAUUAUUAGAAAUAAUUGGAUCAUUAAUUUUUAAAUAAAUAAACAUAUUUUGUCCAUAUGA